AUGCAGCCUCAGCCAAGGCGACAAGGGCCGCCUCCCCAGCAGAGGAUGCCCCCCAACGGACCUCCUCACGGGCAACAGUACAUGCGCCCUGGUCCCCCAAGACCGAUGGGCCCUGGCCCUGGUCCCGGAGGAAUGUACCAACAGCAAGGAGGACCCAUGGGACCCCCGAUGGGAAACAUGAACAUGGGUGGUCCAGGAGGAAACUACCCGCCAAACAUGCGACCACGGCCACCUCCAAACAUGAUGGGAGGACCUCCUCAACGCCAGAUGGGCCCUCCAAUGGGUAUGGGUGGACCUAUGCCUCCCAUGGGCCAGCGGCCUAUGGGCGGUCCUAUGGGUGGGCCGAUGGGUGGGCCGAUGGGCGGGCCGAUGGGUGGGCCGAUGGGUGGUCCUAUGGGUGGUCCUAUGGGCGGUCCUAUGGGGAGACCUGGCCCUCCACCGAAAAUGGGUCAAAAUAUGGGACAUGGGCCUAAUAUGGGACCAAACAUGGGACCUGGGCCUAAUAUGGGACCGAACAUGGGGCCUGGCCCGUCUCGACCCAAUGGCGGCAACCCUAACUUCCGGCCUCCAGGCCCGCCUUCAGGACCACCACCCCAAUCUGCCAGCCCGUCGACCCCGCUUUCAAUCUACGGUGGCAUGGGAUCGCCUUCUGGCGCUCAAAACACUCCCAACUACGUUCCUCCAGUCCCUUCGCCUAUGGCACCCAUCAGCUACCAGCCAAAGACGACACAUCAUUCACCCUCGUCCGCACGGCCCGUUCAAACAUCCACCCCAAGUCCUGUACCUAUUCCUACCCCUUCCCAGUCAAACCAUGCUCCCAUCCCACCAAAGGCUCUUCGCAGGGAAAACUCUGCCCACAAUGCUCGUAAGGAUCCACCUAGCUCAUCUUCGCCUCAGAUCCGCAACGAGCCAUCCAUGCCCUCACCAGUCUCACGCAAGGAAACACCUUCGACACCUCCGCCAAAACCUCCCGUCAGGAGAGAUACCGCUUCGUCUCAAAAGUCGCAAAAGGAGCCACCGUCGCCUGUUCUCCGGAAGGAAGUUCCCGUCCCUGUCAGGAGAGAUACUCCUCCACAACCUCCACAACCUCCACAACCCAUGCGCAAGAAUCUGAUCUCAAUGUCGUCGCCUUCCCCCUCGUCUAAUCGCCUGGUGGAAGGAAAGCCUAUUGUUGAGAUUGCUCAGUUUGCACGAGAAGACUUUCGUCAUGAGGACUAUCUUACCAAGAAUUUGGCGAAUGCGAGUGAAGAGACUGUGCGCGCAUUCCUGCAGUCGCUCAAGGAUUCCAAAUCGUUGGCAGCAGAGGACCUUCAGGAGAACGUGUUCAAGAACUACAACGAAUUCGUCACCAUCUCCAAGGAGAUUUCCAAGCUGGAGAGCGACAUGCAGACACUUCGUGGACUCUUAGAUGAUCUGAAAACUUCGAGCGACAACCUCGUGGACGAUGACGAUGAGUUCUUGCUCACCGCAGGUAUUGAGGACUCGGCACCAGUUGUUCCAAAGAGAAUGACAGUGAUGGUAUCCAGUAUGUCAGACUUGACCUCUGUGUGGAAGGCGCAGAUGAUGGCUCUGUGGGAGGGUAUUGAAGGAGCCCAGAAAAUGCUUCCUUAUCACUCCAAGCGCCAUUUGAUCCGCGAGUCGCCCAGUUUCGUGGAGGUGAACACAUCGACCAACAAGAUCAAGCACCCUGUUCACAUUGUGCUCAUGAACGACACCAUUUUGAUUGCCACACGCAAGAAGAAGACGGCUGCUCAGUCAAAGUACAAGUUACUGGGUGAUCGAUGCUGGUCCUUGACCGAUAUCACCGUCGAGGACAAGAAGGACACUGCCGAUAUCCGCAAUGCAAUCAAGAUUACAUACGGAACAGACGAGUUUGUCUACAAGACGGACAAGGGACAGGAGAAGCAGACCAUGCUUGUCAACAUCAAGCGUACUACUGACGAGAUUGUUGCUCGUUCGAACGAGUCUCGCAACAAGGGCAUGUUUGGGUUCUCUCCAGCCAUGCCAAACCGCGCAGGAAUGAAGUUCAAGUCAGUGACAGGAACAAACCAGGCAGACACACGCUGGUUGGCCGAGUUUACGGAUGAAUUGGAUGUCAUGAUUGCGCACAGAGAGUUUGACGCAGCUGUUACUGGCAUUGAGAAAGCCACGGUGUUUUUAUCGCAGAUGACACUGCCAGUAGCCAAGCUUGAGGAUACCAGGAAGCGUCUGGAUGAGAGAGUAUCUCGCCUGUCUCGUGCUGUUAUCCUGGACCUCGGGCAGUCUCACAUCACGAAAGUUGCGGUCCAGCGUGCUGUUGGAUGGCUGGAGCGCCUUGGCUGUCUUGACCAAGCCAAGGAUGUAUUCUUGACCAAUAGGACCAAGGUGGUUCGUCAAAGAAUGCACCAAGUCAAGCCAAAGAAAGAUCCUGUGCUUCAUGUUGAGGAAUUGGCGAUGAUUGUGUUUACGACUAUCAAGAACACCUCUGAGUGGUUUGAGGAGUCUUUCAAGGACCCCAAGAUGAGCUCUGCGCUCGUCAAGUGGGCCAAGCAAGAGAUGGAGUGUUUUGCCGACUUGUACAAGGACAUUGUCUUUAGUAGUCAGCAAAGCAAUUUCCAGGUCAUUGCCGACUGCUACAAGGUUACACAGGAGCAAUGCAACAAGCUCAAGGAAGUUGGACUGGAUAUGAUUUUUGUGCUAGAUUCGUUUUUGCUGCCGUACUUGACCGAGACUAUUGCAGAGCACGAGAGGCGUUGUCUAGAGAGAAUGGACGCUAUAAUUGAGCACGAUGAUUUCGCGCCCAUGUCUGGCGAGGAACUAGGCUCAGUAACUCCAUUGUCUGCCAGUAUGAUUGCUUUCUACACUGUCAUGCUGCAGUUUGUGAACAACAUCUGCUUGAUCGGUAGCUUGACGCUCUACACGAGGAUUGUCGAGAGUAUUGCCAUUCUUUUCAAGGCAUACGUGAACAGAACAAUUCAGGUCUACGAAGAGAAGGGUCUCUCAGACGACCAGCGCGCAAGUGUAAAUUCAAACUUUCAGUUCAUUUCUGAGAGUUUUAUAUCCCGAGUCAUUGUGCAGCUGCGCCAUCGUUUUGAUAGACCUAUACCAGAGCUGGAGUCUGUUCGUGAGGAGUUGGGAGGCAUUGAACUUUAA